AUGGUCGACAGCAUCAAAGUCGCAGUGCGAUUAAGAGCUCCUUCAAAACGAGAAGAAGAUUUGUCUCCGAUUGUCCAGGUUGUUUCAGGCAAUACUGUACUAGCCAAAUCGGUAGAUCAAAGAGGGUUUUCAAGAAACUUUCAUUUUGAUCAUUGCUUUUCGUCUUCUAAUGAUCCUGAAGAAGAUCAAGAGAAGCUUUAUGAUUCGUUAGGAAGGGAAUACUUGUUACAUGCCCUAGACGGGUACAACACUUGCAUAUUUGCAUACGGUCAGACUGGAUCUGGCAAGUCACACACAAUGAACGGCCAGCCGAGCGCGCCUGGACUGAUUCCACGCCUUUGUAAAGAUCUUUUUGAAGUGAGAGAUUUAUUAGCACCCACAAAAGAUGGCAUUACAGUUGAACUCAAUGUGAAGUGCUCAUACUUGGAGAUAUACAAUGAACAGGUCCGUGAUCUUUUGGCAGGCCAAGAUGCCAACAAUAGUAUCUCAAGCUGUAGAGUUCGUGAAAGGCUCGACAGAACUACUUUUGUGGAAGGUUUACAGGAGUUUACUGUCCACACGGUGGACGAGAUUUUAGAUCUUCUUGAACAAGGUAACGAAAUUAGAGUGACAGAAGCUACACACGUAAAUGAUAGGUCUAGCAGAAGCCAUGCAAUUUUUACUAUUGCCCUUGACCAGAAAGAGAUCUCACCACUUGGACAGGUGCUUGAAAGGAAAUCGCAUAUAAAGCUAAUAGACUUAGCAGGUAGCGAAAGAGCUAGUGCAAGUGGUUCAAAGGGCGAACGUUUUAAAGAGGGAUCUAAAAUUAACAAGUCAUUGAGUAGCUUAGGAAGAGUAAUCUCUAUGCUAGCGAAGAAAAACAAGCCAAAGUUGAUACCCUAUAGAGAUUCUGCAUUGACAUGGGUUUUGAAAGAAAGCUUGGGGGGAAACAGCAAAACAUGCAUGAUUGCUUGUAUUUCCCCCUGUGAUUACGAAGAAACUACGUCUACUUUAAGAUAUGCCACAAUUGCCAAGAGUGUCAAGACUGCAGCACACGUCAAUUCUUAUGAGACUUCAGAACAAAAGGAACAAAUGGAAUUAAUGAAGAGACAAUUGAACGAUCUUCAAGAAACGUUAUCCGAGCUAAAAGACCAAAAGGCCAUACAAGAUCAAAUGGAAAAGAUUAAACUGACCAAUGACUUCUUGGAGCAACGAAUCAAACGCGAAAGAGAGCAAACUGUCGAAUACUAUGACCAGCUUGUUCAAGCUUCUACGGAAAGAGAUCAAUUAACUCAAGUUUUACUCAGCAUUGCUGGAAGCAUCCAAAAUUCUGAUCUUUCUGAUCUAGCGCCUGUAAUAGAAAGAUUACAAACUGAUUCAAGAAUUUUAGGCUCUAAAAUAGACUCGGACUUGUCUUUCUGUAACAAAAUUUCCGGGCUUACGUAA